AAGCCGGAAGUAGCCACUGGAGCGGCUACGUGAAGGCAGGGCGCGGCGGCAGUGGUGGCGGCGGCACGAUGGGCUGUUUCUUCUCUAAGCGGCGGAAGCCGGGCAAGGCGCCACUGCCCUCAGACACUGGAGCGGGGAGCGAGGACACGCAGCCGCGGUACAGCUGGGACCAGCGCCCCCAGGUUGAUCCGAAAGACUAUAUGUUUUCUGGACUUAAAGAUGAAACUGUGGGCCGCUUACCUGGAAAAGUUGCAGGACAACAAUUUGUCCUUCAAGAGUGUGAGAACUGUAACAUCUACAUCUUUGAUCAUUCUGCUACCAUCACUAUUGAUGACUGUACAAACUGCCGAAUCUUUUUAGGACCCAUAAAAGGCAGUGUGUUUUUCCGUGACUGCAAAGACUGUAAGUGCAUAGUAGCCUGCCAACAGUUUCGCACCCGGGAUUGCAGAAAGUUGGAGGUGUUCUUGUGCUGUGCUACCCAACCCAUUAUUGAGUCUUCCACAGGCAUGAAAUUUGGCUGUUUCCAGUACUACUAUCCAGAGCUGGCUUUACAGUUCAAAGAUGCAGGCCUUAGUAUCUUCAAUAACACGUGGAGCAACAUCCAUGACUUCACACCUGUGUCAGGAGAAAACAAUUGGAGUCUUCUGCCUGAAGAUGCUGCAGUUCAGGAUUUUGUCCCUCUGCCAACUUCUGAAGAACUGAAAGGAGUCAGAAUUUCUACAGAUGCCACAAGGAGCAUCAUUCCAAUAACUAGGGGGCAAAGGCAGAAGAGCAGUGAUGAAUCAUGUUUGGCAGUAUUAUUUGCUGGUGACUACACAACAGCAAAUGCCAGAAAGUUAAUUGAUGAAAUGACUGGAAAAGGCUUUGUAUUGGUUCAAACUAAGGAAGUUUCAAUGAAAGCUGAGGAUGCUCAAAGAGUUUUUCAGCAGCAUGUAUCUGAAUUUAUUCCAUUGCUUGAAAAAGGCCCUGUGGUUGCUUUGGAGUUUAAUGGGGAUGGUGCUGUAGAAGGAUGUCGAAGCAUUGUAAAUGAAGUUUUCAGUGGAACCAAGAUUUUUGUAUCAGAGGACAAGACAUCAGCUUCUCGAGAUGUAGACAACUUCUACAACUUUGCUGACAUGCAGAUGGGAAUGUGAAGUAUACUAUCCAACCUGUCUCACUGCUUGGAUGUCAUUUAACUAUAACACUGCAUCAGUAGCAAGGUUUUCCUAAUUUGAUUUUUUUUUUUUGUAUUGCAUGUUUUUAUACAAGAAUUGGUAAAUUUCAAUACUGUAACAUGAAUUACAGUAAAGAAUGUAGUUUCACAUGUACAUUUAGUACCUGCAAACAAUGUCAGAAGCAACAGUUUUCUAGUAAUUCAUGUGGAGUUUUUGUUUGUUUGUUUUUUCUAAGUGAUUCUUAACUGGAACUUUAUAUUGACACAUGAGCAUUCCUUGUAAAUCAUCUUCUACUUGUAUGGUUUUUAAUAUGUAGAUGUAAUGUAGAACCAAAUGUGAUAUAUUGUUAAAUGGAACUUAACUAAAACACAUUAUUGCAAAUAAUGUAUGUAAAUGGUGCGUUAUAAACUGUAGAGUUUACAUAUUUUCCAUGUCCCCAUGUUAAAUUUUGUCUUAAUCAGGAAAAAGUAGUUGCUGAUCUUAUUUGGGGUUUUAAUCUGGAACUUUCUCUUUGAAGUGUGCUUUGCUCCAGUCUUUUCUUUAUAUAAUUGUAUAUGGAAACAAUGUUCCAAGUGGACUAACCAGUAGUAUGGUAGAUUUUCCAAAACCUGAUCUUUUAUAUUCUAGAACAUGAGUCUUGGAGCUGAGAUGCAGGUACUUGGUGUCCACUGGAGACAUUAUCUAGAGGAGUUAAAGUAAUUCUUGGAUCACAUGGGAGGGGAGAUUAGUGUAGGGGAUGUCUCUGCUUUUCCUUGUAUCCCAAUUACUAUAAUGGAUUUCUGGCAGCUUCUGUAGUCAAUUACUGGGACUGUAGAACAGCCUAGAGUAGGGGAAGUGGUUUAAAGUAGCAUUCUUUGUAUGCUUACAGCAGAAUCAUGGGUACGAGGAGAAGCAUCACUGAAUUAUUAGUUGUAGGUAGUUUUACAGUUUUAACUAAUAUUGGAUUGUUUCUAGAAACAGACCAAGAAAGCGUAUGAGGUCUGUAGCAGAUCAGGUGAUGCUUUCUGCAAUGUAGUAAACCUUGAUGAAUGUGGACACACCUCAGGCAUGGUGGUGGCUUCUAGAAUAUUGGGUCUUGAAGAUCUGCAAGAUUCAAAUUCACAUUGGGGUUUCACAUGCCCUCCAAGUCGCAUGUGGUAUAAAUUAUUGCACUAAUAUUGUGUGCAGGGAUGCAAAACCACGUUUUAAAAGCAAAUACAUGCACCAGUGAGCCACAGUGUUGUGUGCCAACUUUAUAAAAAAGAAAAUCUCAUUGCUAGGUGACCAAACUGUUUAAAAAAGACUUUGAUAGUUGGACUAAAAGUAAUUAUUUGGGAUAGUGGGUCUCUGCUGCUUCAGCUUCUGUAUGCCAAAGAUUGCUUAAUGAGAUAUUACUCUUGCUUUUUUUCCUUGGGAUCGGUCUGUGCAAGUAUGUUUACUGUUUUCCUUAGUUGGUGUAGAGAGGCAAUUUUUGGGUCCUGAACCCUGCAAUGUUUGCUGUGGCAUGCCCUGGAUCUAAAUUAAUACAGAUAAUGUGCCCUUAAAGAUUGAAAGGAAAAGCACUUGCUCCAUCUCCAUAGUAGUAGUUUUUAUUUUGUAUUAUUAUUAUUAUUAUUUUUUACUGCUUUGCAAAACAUUACUUGUGCUGAAGAUCAGAUUUUUCAAAUGUUGGUUUGUCUCUAAUGCAGGAGAACACCUACUAACACAAAGCUAUAUUAAUACGGGAGUUCUGGAGGGACUGUGAGAUGGGAGGGAAAAACCUAUUAGUAAGUUGUGUUUGUUAUGUGUUCAGAAUUUCUACAAAUGUAUGUCUCUCCCUAACCUCAGCACUACACUUUAGAAAUCCACCCAGUAAAUUUCAAAAGUCUUUAUGUAACUUUUUGUAAAUUCUCCUCAAACCCUUUCUGACCUGUAAGUAUGGGCAUGCAGUAUGUAAAUGAGGAUUUCGUUCUUUUUAUUUUUGUAUCUUGUCCACAGCACUUCCUACUUUCAGAUCAGGCUGAAUAUUUUUGGUUAUGUACCUGAAUAAUUUCUACUUGAAAUUGACCCUAUGGAGGCUUAACUUUAGGCUUGAAACAUUGGGAAACUUUUUAUAACUUUAGAAAAGUGCUGUUUUAUACAUUGGCUGUAAUAGGUAUCACCAUCAAGGCGGUGUGUAGAUGUUUUCUUUUUCCUCUAUAAAAAGUUUAAAUAGCAAAUGAAGUUCAUUUACUGUCUUCAUUAAACUCCUGCUAAUAAUUUAGGAAUAAGAUGCCUUCCUAAUAAUAAAAUAAACUCUCAUCAAUUUCUGUAUGUAUUGUUUCGGUACAAGCUUCAUGCAGUUUUUGUAUACUUACUGUACAGCUUUUAUAUGUAACUUUUGUCUUGCAUUUGUGAAUGUGAUUCAUAAUAAAUAUGGAAAAUUAAAGUG